UUGCAAGGCUGCAGUCUGGAAUCUUAUAUUACUCCCUGAUUAAAUGAAGAAAGCGAGAGAACUCAAUCUCGUGCCUUCAAUGCCCGCUCCCGUUGAGAUAUUGGCUGUAUCGAUAAGUGAACAUUAGGGAAACAAUAUAGACUUCCUCCGUCGAUUUGUAGCACGGGACUUUUCCUUUGCGUUCUCAAUUCCAUUUACAGCCUCUCGAAUCUGUGCUAAAAGACCCAAGCGAAUUCACGUAUCAACUUCAUAGCUGAAAAAAGACAGAGCGUAGACUUUUCCUCCGUUCAGUCUGCGCCGUCAGGGGGCGCUACGUCGGAUUUAUGAACCAGAGAUUGGUUAGAUUGAAGUAGGUGCUGACUGCUCUGUCAAUGGUAAGACAAAUGUGAUUUGGAAGUUUAUUCGUGGACGUUUGUAAAGAGCAGGGAGCUCUUGGAUGAAGCUGUGGUGAAGGAUGUCGACGAAGAUGCUGUGUGUCUUGUUUGUGAUGAUACACCUAUGCCUCGCUCAACACUCAGCGUUUGAUGUCCUAGAGGUACACGAAAAGGAGGAUGAAAGAUGCAAUUUUGAGGGUGUGUUCAUGUGCCACGACAUAGAGACGCCCUGCAUAAACCGGACACUCGUGUGUAAUGGGAUCAGCGAGUGCCCCGAUGGGAGAGACGAGAGUCCAUUGGAGUGCGUGACGUAUGAGUGCCCGAGCACCCAUUUCAAGUGUAACAACGAUUUCUGCAUUCCGAAAGAUAAAAUGUGCAACUUCAUCGACGAUUGCCAGGACAACUCGGACGAGAUCAACUGCAACCGGCGAAGUUGCUACCAGACUGAGUUCAGAUGCAACAACUCCGAGUGUAUCCCUGCUGCAUAUCUGUGCGAUAAGCAAAAGGAUUGUUUGGAUGGAUCUGAUGAAGACUUUCAAAGCUGUCUUCAUCACGUGCGCUGUGACAUCGGUCUAUAUGUGUCAAGUGAGCAAGUAUGUGACGGAUGGGUAGACUGCUUCGGGUCACAGAAAGACGAAGCUGACUGUGGACCGUGUUCCCCCCAACAAUAUCGCUGCAACAACAAUCGAUGCAUACGCGAGGCCAACGUCUGCGACGGCCAUUGUGACUGCUUCACAUGUGAAGACGAGCUUAACUGCGGCAGUAUAGAAUGUGUACGAGGAAGUGGCUUCCGAUGCCGCAGAAAUGAUAAAUGUAUUGACAACAAGUACCUGUGUGAUGGCGUGAAUGACUGCCAGGACUACAAUGUGGGCUCAGAUGAAAACUAUUGCUCUCAGAACAUCAGCGAUGUGUGUGCAGAAUUCCCCCGUUCCAGUCGGCAUUUUGCAUGUCCAGAUGGUCAGUGCAUACCAGCUAAAGGUCAAUGUGACUACAUCGCAGACUGUCUUCAUGGGGAGGACGAGAGUGGAUGUGAUUUUAAGCAGUGCGCCGAUGGCGAUUUCCGGUGCAAGAACGAGCAAUGCGUCCCAAUGAUGAACCGCUGUGAUGGCGCCUUUGACUGUUGGGAUCGUUCAGAUGAAGUUGGAUGCGAGGUGUUUGCUUGUAAAGAUGGCUACCGGAGGUGCACAGCUGGAAUGUGUGUAGAGGCAAAGAAGUGGUGUGAUCACGUCAAAGACUGUCCUGAUCAAUCGGAUGAGAUCAACUGCCCAUAUAGAGAAUGUCAGCCCGAUGAGUUCAGAUGUAACAACAAGCAGUGUAUAAGCCGGGAGUUUGUGUGUGACUACUCUAAAGAAACUCGCCAAUUUGGGUGCACUGAUGACUCUCAUCUACUCAACUGCACAAACAAGAUCUGUAAGCCAGGGCAGUUCAAGUGUAGGAACAGCUACUGCAUAUCCAUUCUACAGAAGUGUGAUGGCCACAUAGACUGUGCGAUGACCUACUGGGACGAACAGGGCUGUGAAUUCCCUUGCCCAUACCAGGACGAUAGAUGUAAAUGUCUACACGAGUCAAUGGAUUGCAGUAACCGCAGUUUGCACUCCUUACCAAUCAUACAGGAUACAGCUCUCUCCAAGUUCGAUCUUUCAAAUAACCAAAUAAAUAUCACAAGUGAUACCUUUGCGGACCUUGAUCGUCUUACGUACCUCGACCUCAGUAACAAUUCUAUAUACCAUCUUCCUGAUGGCUGCUUCCGAAACCUAUGGCGUCUCGCAACACUGAACCUGGAAGACAACCUUCUAACGGCACUGAGCAAUGCAACUUUCUAUGGUCUCUCAGGCUUACGGCAGCUGCAUCUUUCUGGUAAUCGCAUACAGACGAUCUAUCCCGAUGCUUUCUUCGGCCUGUCAGCUUUGAGAACAUUAGACCUGAGUCAGCAACAAAUAACAGCACUGCCACUGGACGCAUUCUUAGGAUUACGGAAUGCCUCUGCAUUGAACCUCUCCGGAAACAUAAUUGACUUCAUAGAGGGCGGCGCCUUCAACGGCUUGGAUAAACUUCAAGUAUUAGACAUCAGAGGCAACAACAUCUCUACCAUAGACAAAUACGUAUUCCGUAUACGCAACCUGGAUACACUGUACACCGAUGAGUAUAGGUUUUGUUGUUUGGCGAAGGGAGUCCGCAACUGUUACCCACAGCCUGACGAAUUCUCGUCCUGUGAGGACCUAAUGUCCAACUAUAUACUACGAGUCAGUAUAUGGAUCCUUGGGAUGGUAGCCUCGUUUGGAAACCUGCUUGUGAUUGGAUGGAGAGCACGUGAUCUACGCGGGGGCAAGGUACAUUCGUUCCUGAUCACCAAUCUGGCUAUCGGCGACUUCUUCAUGGGCGUAUACCUCAUGAUCAUCGCCGUCGUGGACUCCUACUACCGCGGUGUCUACAUCAUCCAUGACUACUUCUGGCGAGCAAGUAAUCUCUGUCGAUUUGCUGGCUUCAUCUCCACCUUCUCCAGCGAGUUAUCAGUAUUCACCCUUACAGUUAUCACCCUGGACAGACUCAUCUGCAUCAUCUUCCCGCUUAGACUUAAAAGACUUGGACUUAAAGAGGCCACUGUGGUCAUGAUCCUGGUGUGGGUGGUGGUGUUUACCUUAUCCAUCUUGCCACUAAUGGGAUUAGAUUACUUUGAACAUUUCUAUGGCAGGUCCGGAGUCUGCCUCGCCCUCCACGUGACGCGAAAACGUCCUCCUGGCUGGGAGUAUUCAGUUGCGGUGUUCCUCGUCCUCAACUUUGUUUCCUUUGUGGCUAUAUUCCUCUCCUACUUAUGGAUGUUUAUAGUGGCAAAGAGGACACGGAAAGCUGUUCGGACAACAGAGUCAAAGUCCGAUGCUGCAAUGGCCAGAAGAAUGACUUUAAUUGUUAUGACGGAUUUUUUCUGUUGGGUGCCCAUCAUCUUAUUGGGAUUUGCUUCUCUUGGAGGCGCACAUGUCCCGUCCCAGGUUUAUGCCUGGAUCGCCGUGUUUGUGCUGCCACUCAACUCGGCCAUCAACCCUGUUCUUUACACUAUUUCUACAGCUCCAUUUCUCGGCAACGUCAGGAAGAGAGCAUAUCGCUUUAGGAAGUCCUUCAUGAGCUCACUCAGUAUGGACACGAAACACAGCUAUGUUGAUGAACGUUCAACAUCAGUUUGGGACCGGAAGUCGCCGUACAGGCAUAUGGACUUAAUACGCAUGCGUAAUAUGAACAAUCGAUCCGAUGUCCAGUCGCAGUCGGAUCAGUCAGAUUACUAAGAGGCUCUGGAAUUCAAGAUCCGUGUGUUUAAGCGACGCAGAUGCUAUUUGUAAAACACGUACAGGCGAUGGUAUCUUGUAAUUCCUAAUUUGUUCUGCACCAUGUGCAGCAAAUGGGUUUUCCAAAUGAAAAGAAUAUCAAUAGGAUCGUUUGUUGUCGCUGAAACACAUGGAUAUGGGAAACUGGAGCAUAUUGCCUGAAUCAUGGUCCAUUGUUACGGGGAAUGGUCCCAAUGAAUUCCAUCCAAAUUUGUAAAUCACAUUUUGAGGAAAGGCACCACAUUAUCAAAGUUUUCAAUGACAUCCGAAAGCAUAACCACGGUGUUAACGAUGUACUUACUGUGUAAAUGUCUGUUUGUUACUGAAGAACGUUAAAAGUCUAUAAUUGAAAUAUCGUUCUGAAUAUGGUAUAACGAAUAUUAUACUUUUUAUUGAACUGGUCACGAA